AUGAACUACUAUUAUCCUGCCUAUCCCUCCCAUCAAGCCCCAAGCAACUUCAUCAAUUGCGUUCUUGAUUUCGACAGCAAACUCUACAUAGGAGAUGCUCAAGCAUUCUAAUAUUACCAGAAUUACGAUGUCAAAGCCAUAAUAUCCUUCUCCACAGAACAAAAUUUCCGAGCCAACUCAGACGCAGAUCAAAUGGUCUUACAGGUUAAUGAUCGUCCAUAGUGCGACAUCUCCGGAUAUUUCGACAAAACCAAUAAAUUCAUCAGCAAACACAUGGAUGAGAAUCACAACGUUCUUGUACACUGUGUGGCAGGCAAGUCCAGAUCUGCCACCAUCGUGUUGGCCUAUCUGAUGCAUUCUCAAGAUUGGACUUUGCAAGAGGCACUCAUCUACUUGAAAAGUGUGAGACCACUGGUCUGUCCCAAUCCAGGGUUCAUCAGAUAAUUGUUGAAAUACGAAGAGAAACUCUUCGGCCAAGUCAAAAGCAAUUUAACUCACGACAUCACACCCUAUUACAAUGUCUAGAAGGCAGACACCAUCAUACCAGAAGGGCCUGCUGUUGGACGAAACUACCAGAGCGAUUAGAAUGCCUAUGGCAGAAGAUCCUCGUUUGUUUCACCACCAUCUCAGCUCCUUGGACACUAGAGGUCUUGUUAGCAGUUCUAAUACGGGUGGAGGUAUUAUUGAUCUAAUUCUUUGUUAAUAUAUGUGCUUUUACUUAAAUAAACACAAUUUUUA